AGGCCCCCACUCCCUGAGGUUUUUCUCCACCGCGAUGUCCCGGCCCGGCCCGGGGAGCCCCGCUUCAUGGCCGUGGGCUACAUGGACGACACGCAGUUCGGGCGGUUCGACAGCGACUCCCCGGGGCCAGAGCGCGGAGCCGCGGGCGCCCUGGGCGGGGCAGGUGGGGCAGGAGGAGUGGGACGAGGAGACGCAGAUGCUAAGGGAGCGCACACUGUGGUUCCGAGCGCAGCUGGACGCCCUGUGCGGCCUCUACAACCAGAGCGAGACCGGGUCUCACACCUUCCAGGAGAAGUUUGGCUGCGACGUGGGGCCAGACGGGCGCCUCCUUGGCGGGUAUGAUCAGUUCGCCUAUGAUGGCGCCGAUUACCUGGCCCUGAACGAGGACCUGCGCUCCUGGACCGCGGCGGACAUGGCCGCUCAGAUCACCCGGCGCGAGUGGGAGGCCCUGGGUGAGGCAGAGGAAUUCAGGAAGUUUGUGGAGGGCAGGUGCUUGAGGUGGCUGCGCAGAUUCCUGGAGCACGGGAAGGAGACUCUGCAGCGCACGGAUCCCCCAAGGACACAUGUGACCCACCACCCCACCUCUGAGCAUGAGGUCACCCUGAGGUGCUGGGCCCUGGGCUUCUACCCUGCGGACAUCACCCUGACCUGGCAGCGAGAUGGGGAGGACCUGACCCAGGAGAUGGAGCUGGUGGACACCAGGCCUGGGGAAGAUGGAACCUUCCAGAAGUGGGCGGCGGUGGUGGUACCUUCUGGAGAGGAGCAGAGAUACACAUGCCACGUGCAGCAUGAGGGGCUGCUGGAGCCCCAAGUCCUGAGAUGGGUGCCCCCUCCUCAGUCCUCCAUCCCCACCAUGGGCAUCAUUGCUAGCCUGGUUCUCCUUGGAGCUGUGCUCACUGGAGCUGCGGUGACUGCAGCUGUGAUGUGGAGGAAGAAGCACUCAGGGAGACAAGGAGGAAGCUACACUCAGGCUGCAGGCAGCGACUGUGCCCAGGGCUCUGAUGUGUCUCUCAGCCCCUAAAGAUCUUUUACAAUGAACCUGAUGAGGCUCCUGUUGUGCACACCCUGGACAGCAGUGUGAUGGUGUCACUGUUGUUCUUAACUGUGAUAUUGAGCAUUUGUUCAUAUUUUAUUUUUCUUUGUCUACAUAAGUUGCUAUGUCUAUAAAUAAUAAUAAAUAAAAAGAUCUAUUUAUUCGUGCAUACAAGAACCAGGGUACAGGCCAGAUGCACAGGAGGUGAGAAGAUUUACCAGAGAUGUAGCGGGGAACAGAACAGGCAGACUGAUGAAAUACACUGCUGAGUGGAGCAGCGGGUGAGACAGGAGAGGUCUGCCACGCCAUGUGGGAUUCUCGCCCGCUGGAUGGGAUCGAACCUGCACUGCAGAGGCUGCGGACAGCUUCACAGUGCUGUGCUCAACUACCAGCGCCACCAGGGGUGGCCUGGAAGUCAAUUUUUUUUUUUUUUUGCUAUAUUUAUAACUGUUUUUUGUCCUUAUUAAAAUUGGAUUAUUUCUUGCUAUUCAUUGAGUUUUAAGCAUUAUUUGUAAAUUCUUGAUACAGUCCUUUAUCAGUUUCAUGAUAUGCAAAUGUUUCCCCCAUUCUAUGACCUGAACUCUUUUACUGUCGGGAAAACAAGCAUUAUUGUGCAGACAGAAGCAUGGAUAUAUUUUUUUAGAAAAGAAAAGAUAAAUUGCUAAUUGGUUUUGAGCAGAUACUGGCUGACAGGGAUGAAGGGGGAUGGAAGGGAAUGACUUAUGCGUAUCCUUGAGUGUUAUUUCAAUGUCCUUGCAUGCACAUGAAAUAUGCUUUCAAAAAUAAAUUACACUUCAUUCCUCAAUUUAUAAAACUCUUCACACAUCAUGUCCAAAUCACGUGUUAAGAUCAGACUGGCACGUGGGUUAUAAGUGAUGGACCCGCACAUCAUAGUCGCACAGUCAUGAUUUCUCUCAGGGGUCACUCUGGUGUUGUCCAUUCUGUGGGUGUUGGACAAAUGUGUAAUGACCUGUGUCUAUCAUGAGAAUAUCAUGCAGAGUAUUUUCACUGCCCCUAAUGUCUUCUGUGCUCCAAGGAAGCAAAUGCAAAAAGAAACCACUGGAAUCACAUGAAACUAAAAAACUUCUAUAUUUUGAGGGAAACGCAUUAAAAUGAAAAGACAAUAUCAAGUUGGAGAAAAUAUUUGCACAUCAUCAAUCCAAAAAGGAGUUACUAUCCCAGAUCUGCAAAGAACUGCAAAACAAGAAAACAACUCAAUAAAAACAGGGCAGAGGAACUAAAUAGAUACUUUUGUAAAGAAGACAUACAGAUGGCCAAUAAGUACAUGGAUAAAUGUCACGUGCUGUCAGGAAAAUGCCAAUUAAAACCACAAUGAGUUACUACCUUUCACCUGUGAGAGUGACCCACUGAAGGGUGUGGAGGAAAAGGAACUCUCUCUGGUACAUGGUGGGUGGGAAUGAAGUCUGGUCCUGUUAGUGGGCAGAAUGAGGGUUUCCCAGGACCCUCAAACCUGUACACUCUACAUGGGAUUUGCCAUCAUCUGAAUAAAGACAAAACAUACUCUAAAGCGUAAGACCUUCAAUAGAAAAGAACUUUAAUACAAUUAGUGUGCAAUAGAGAAUUAGUGUGCAAUAGGGAGAAGAGAAAGAAUAUAGUUAGAAUAGUUCGCAAGUGAAGCACCCAAAGCUACCAGUCCCCUCAUUGGUAAAUGCCCAGCAAAACAGGGUUGGCCCAAAACAGGCCCAUUGG